AUGAGCGAAUCGCAGCCCCAGCAGCAGCAGCAGCCCAACAGCGGCCAGCAGCAACAGCUGCUACGCCCUGACGAUAUACUCAAGCUUCAAUGUCUUCCUGAGGACGAGAAGCAAAAGUAUCGCCUGAUCAUGCAGAAUUUCUGGAACAUCUGCAACACCCACCAGCAGGGGAGCCAGGAAAAUACCAAUGCUCGCCAGAAGUUGACAGAAUGGUCACAGAAGUUCAUUACACGCGAGCGCCAAUACAGAGCCAAGAUGAAGGCACAGCAACAGCAACAGCAACAACAGGGAAACCAGAACCAGGGACAAGCAAGCCAGUCUAAUGCCGCUGGCCAGCAGAACCAGAACCCCGUCAAGCAAGAAGGCGGCCAGGCUCGUGCUGAAAACACCGCGGGGGCAGUCGGCCAACAGCAAUCCAACCAAGGCCAAAACCAAGGUCGUGGCCAGGUGGAUCCUGCUAUAGUAAAGCACGUCCACGAAUUCCCCAUGCAGGGGCCGUUGACCGGACCUUCGCCGGGCACGCCCGAGUACGAGGUUAAGCUGAAAGAAUACCGGACGGGUUACUUGAACAUGCUAGCGAAGCAGGCUUCUUUGAACGAGAGUAGAAAGAAACUCAUGCAACAACUGAGCGAACGACAAAGCAACGGACAAGAUUUGCCACAAGAUCUACUCGUGUUGAAGGGCAAGAUCGAGAAGGAGCAUACCAAUAUGAGGGCACAAAUUGACAAAUUUCGAGCUUUGCAGAAGCAAUGGAAGGAAGAGCGCGAACAGAACUCGCAGGGCCAGGCACAGGCGCAGACUCAAGGCCAGAACUCAGCACAAUCACCGCCGCCAUCGCAACAGCAGCAGCAGUCGUCGCAACAACAAUCUCAACCCCAGCAGCUUCAAAGACAGCCAUCACAGCCUAAUAUCUCUGCGCAACCUCAGGUAAAAGAGGAGCCUCAGAUCAAGGUUGAGGGUGGACAGCCACAGCAGCCGCAACCGCAACCGCAGCAGCAAACGCAGCAACAGCCACAACCUCAGCAGCCCCAGCCCCAACAACAAUACAACGUCCAAGGAAACCAAGGGAAUCAACAACAACAACCGCCGCAACAGCAGCAGCAACUCAACCAGCAAAUGCCACCUUCACUUCCUCAACAACAGCAACAACAGCAGCCUCGGCCACCGGUGCCUCACUCGCAAACAAUGCCGCCGAAUCAGAUGCCGCAAUUCGCGCAACAGCAGCAACAAAACUUUCACCAGCAGCAGCGACCACAGAUUAACCCUAUGCAAGCCAACGCUCACCAGCAGAGCAAUUCACCACAUCCGCAGUCUGCAACCGGAACCGGUCCGCCAGUUCCACUCUCUCACCAGGCUGCCGUUAGUGCUGCGAACCGAUCCUAUACCGAUCCCCAGCGCACAAACACACCCAUGCAGCAAGGCGGACAAGGUGGUAACUUUGGCAGUCGCGAGCGUGAGCAACUGAACAACCCCAAGAUGCCGAUUCCUCGACAUCUGAACGUAACCUCACCACAAGCUGUCCACAUGGGUCAAUCGCGGCCAACUAUGAGUGGCCCUACCAACGGCGCCCCAGGGCCAAUGGGUCAGCCCGUCAUCCCGCGACCACCGCCCUUCCAGCUCGAAGGCGACGGCGACCGCGUCCUCAGCAAGCGCAAGCUAGACGAGCUUGUCCGCCAAGUCACGGGUGGCUCAGAAGAAGCCCUCACACCAGAAGUCGAAGAGGCCGUUCUCCAGCUCGCAGACGAUUUCGUUGACAAUGUGAUAAGCAACGCCUGCAAGCUCUCUAAACUCCGCGAUUCUCCCCAGCUAGACAUUCGCGAUAUCCAGGUCAUUCUCGAGCGCAACUAUAAUAUCCGCAUCCCGGGCUAUGCGUCCGAUGAGGUUAGAACUGUGCGCAAGAUUGUGCCUGCGCAGGGCUGGGCGGCCAAGAUGAAUGCGGUUAACGCAGCGAAGGUUAUGGGUGGGAAGACGGAUUUUUAG